AAAAAAAAAAACGUGCUCUUUUUAGUAACAAUAGUAUUUACAAAGUUGGUUCAACAUUCUCAUUAGAUUUUUUAAUAUAAAAUGUCAAAAUUGACGAAAUUUUUCGUUGGGAAUUUGCCGUGGACAGUUAGCAGCCGAGAACUCCGUAAAUACUUUGCAUCAUUCGGCCACGUUGCUACUGCAGACGUAUUGUUCGACCAUUCUACUGGUUUGUCAAAGGGCUACGGAUUCGUUCAGUUUUCUACAACAGGUGGAUACGAAAGCGUAUUAAACAAUGACAAACAUGAAUUAGACGGGCAAACAUUGGUUCUUAAAACAGCUGAUUUUCAAUAAUUGUCUCUUACAAGCAAAAUUCCUGUUUUUUUUAUAAUAGACCUAUUAGUAUAUAAUAUAGCUUAAGUAAUGGAUUUUAAUUCUAAAAAAUUAUCUGAUCAGUUUGAUAAAGCUGUCUCUUUUAUUUCUGGGUCUAAUUUGUCUGAUGUUGACACACAGCUUAAAUUGUAUGGGUUUUAUAAGCAAGCAAUAGAAGGUACAUGUACUCAACCAAAACCUCCAAUAUACGAUCUAAAAGGUCGUAAAAAAUGGUAUGCCUGGUCUGAAAUGGGUUCAAUGUCUAAAGAAGAAGCUAUGACAUCAUACAUAAAUUUAGUAAAGACAAUAAAUCCAAACAUAGAAACAGAAAAAACUGGAUGGGUGACAGUAAGUACAUUUGCCAAUGACGAAAUACCACUAUCGGAAAAUGAAAAAACCAUUAGUGAUUGGGUUAAAGAAGGAGACUUAAACAAAAUAAAGACUUUUAUAGGCGACAUAAAUGUUCAUGAUUGUAUGGGAAUGGCACCAAUCCACUGGGCUUCAGAUCGUGGAGAUUUGAAAAUUUUGAGAAUUUUAGUGGAAAAUCAUUCGGCUGAUGUCAAUUUACAAGAUAAUACGGGCCAAACAGCUUUACAUUACGCUGUAUCUUGUAGUCAUGAAGAGAUAUGCAAAUAUUUGGUUAGCAUGGGUGCAAGAAUAAAUAUUCAAGAUGAGGAUGGAUUUACUGCUCUAGAAAUGUGUUUGGAUGAAAAAUUAAAAUCACUAUUGUCAAUGAAUUAAAUAUUUAUACACAAUUCUAUAUUUCUAUGUAUAUAAUUAUAAUUACGAUAUGUUGAAACCAAAUUAAAAAUUAUUGUGUGUAAGAAUAAAAUUUAGUGAGUAUUAUGUAAUAUUUUUAAAAUAAAUAAAUUAAAAUCAUUUUAUUCAUA